UAUUCGGUUUAUAUUCAGAAAAUAAAAUCAACAAAAUUAAUAUUAGUAUAUUUAAAGCAGUAUGGAGAAAUGUAUGAUUCUUCUUUUGUUUCUGUACGGAUGUGUUACAGGUAUAAAUGCGUCAUGCGAUUGCGAAGAUGGUGGUUUUAGUUGCAUAGAUGAAAGCGGUAGUGUUUCCUGUUCUACGAAUAGUAAUUGUUCAUCUGAGAAAGACACAGAGUUUCGUCUAUCUAAUCUUCUCAGUCAAGAAUACCCAUAUGUCGGAACAAAUGUCACUUUAAAAGUUACAUUGACUGUGACAAGUAUUACUGACAUUGUUGUGAGCGUCACGAACGAAGGAAUCAUCAAGAAUAUCACUGGCGACCUUGACAAUGUUUAUCCAUAUGCUAUCAACAGUGUGUCGAAAAGCGACGAAGGCGGCUACUUAUUUUCCGCAACAGGAAAAUCUGAAAAUGAGUCUGCGUGCAGUGCAAUAACGUCAAAUAUAAAAUACGUCUUUACUGUGAAGAUCUUCCCGAUUGAUGCAAAGAUUGUUUUUACGAAGGGUAUAAACAAAAUAAUGGACAUAUCAGUUUAUGCUGAAUUACCCGGCAAUCUGUGGAAAACUAGGAUUCAAUUACUCGAGGAUUCUCCACACACAUCAAAUGAAGUCAUAUUGGAAGUCACUCCCACCGUGGACGAAACGACUCAAAUAGGCAUUUAUAAAUACCAAGUCGCUACUCCGCAAAAAGCCGUUGAUGAAGGAACAUACAAGUUUAAAGCUAUCGAAUUCAGCACUACUGGCGUGCAAAACAAUUAUUCCGUAGAUACGUCAUUCGACGCUUACGUACAUUCAACACUGAUACAGCCAGACGAAGAUAAAUACUUUACCCAUCCCGGCGAUAACGUCACUGUGCAACUCAGCAUCACUACGGACCUCAAUUCGUAUGAUAACGUGACUGUUGUCGUCAUUAAACCAAGCGGAGAGAAGGAAGAUAUUGCUUUAAACCAGGAAGGUGACGACACGCAAGUCGACUAUACUUUAUUGGGAGUUGACGAUGGUGAUGCCGGUAAUUAUACGUUUGUGGCCACUGAAUAUACCGGGGAGUUUGGCAAUACGACUUAUGCGGCAACAAUCGAAUUAUACGUGUGGAAAAUUUCGACUACUCUAAAACCUAAAGCCGACGGUAAUUACGUAGCCCUCAGGAACGAAAAAAAUUCUGUAUCAUGCUCGUUAAUCGGACCUCAAGACAUGAUUAUAUCUUGGUGGCAAAAUGAAACAGAAGUAUCAACAGACGAUAACCAAAUUGUUUAUCAAAAUGAUUCGAAAACGGUUUUAUAUAUUACUGAAAAUGCAAAGUAUGGUGAUGUAGUGGAGUAUACUUGUAGAACUGAUGAAGCAGAAACCACCGUUGGAAUUGUAAUUGAAGGUCUUCCGGAAUCAAAUUUGAAUCGAAUUGACGACAGCUUCAUAUGCACAUCUAUGGGAAACCCUCUCCCCGGAAUAAAGUGGGAAAUCGGAGAAGUUAGUUUGGAAGAAAACUCAUUUUUAUCAACGCCGGAAAUCGAAGAAAUUGACCGUUUUAACGUGAAAUCUACGAUUUCCAUAAUAAAUUCAACUCUAUGCUUCGGUGACGAAAAAUUAAAAUGUUUAACAUCGAAUAGUAGGGGCACAGAUGAAGAGGAAAUUACCAUUAACUCUGAAAACAUCGGUAUUUAUGAAAACAGCUAUCUUGCAUUUUCGGUGGAAAAUCAAACGUUUGAGGAAGCCAAACUGCAAUGUAGUGGUUCCCUUGUCACCGUAAAAACACAGGAAAAGCAAAACGCCGUCACAGAUUUAGCAGAUCUAUUUAAUGUAAACGAUUUCUAUAUUGGAGCUCACCUUGAAAACGGUGCGUGGAAAUGGAUCGAUAAUUCUAAUGUAACCAAUGUUCAAAUCACAUCGGGAGGUGGAGAAUGUGCCAAGUACUCAUACAAGGAUACCCAUUGGGUACUCGAAUCAGUUGAUUGUUCAAGUGAACUCAAAUAUGUGUGUGAAAUUCAAGAAAACAACACUCCCCGGGAUUUAGAGAUGACAGCUUUCGAAUGCAACGCCACGAGUUUGAGCGUAACCUGGACAGCUGCUUCGGGAACGACUCAGCAAAUUGUACUCAGCCACAACACCUCCAUCGUUGAAGAAGAACAGCUUACGUCUGGAGUACACGAUAAACAAUUCGUUAAUUUAUCACCCGGUACUGAAUACCUUGUAAAGGUAUACUCAGUCAAUGAAUUGUGUCAGAAGGGAUUGAAUCCUUAUAUAAAAACAACAGCAGCUACACGUGGUUUACCGGUAGCCCCGAAUAAUGCAAUCAUCAAUCAGAAUGAAGACAACAGCUGUGAAAUCACAUGGAAUUACGAUGGAAGUAUUGAUGAUAUCGAUAACUUUUUUGUCAAAGUGACGGAGACAGUCAUUGUCGAUCCAGACUCCUACUACAACGUCACAAUUUCGGAAUUCAACGUCACAAAAGACGUCCAAGAACAGAAUAUAAAUACGCAAGCUAAUACCAACUACGUUGCGGAGGUUUAUGCCCAAUCAUGCGCAGGUGAUGACAUGAGUGUCACUCCCGUUGGAAAAUGUGAAACUCCUAUAGCUGCACCAAGUCACGUGACAGUACCACUGUGGUCGCCACACGAAGGAAAUGAAAUUUCAACAGCAAUUCCACCUGCAGAUAACAGAGCGGGACCUGUCAGUUGCCAGUUUCUGGUUGUGCGAUACAUUGCAGAAGGUGAUUCACCUCAUGUGAAUCAGUCAACUUUUCUGGAAAUUAAAACAGCAGAUGCUGAAAAGAUUGAAGUCGGUGAAGAAUACUUUGCUUAUGCAACAGAAGCAUUGUCAUCCACUCUCCAGAUAGACAUCGGUAACGACUCACAGAAGUCUUCGUGCAUACCACUGCCAGCGGAAGGCUCGCGAAGGAAGAGGGAUAUUGGAAACGGCCAAGCUUUCAGCGCAUGGAAUAGAGCACUACCCUUUGGCAUUAAAAUAAUAUAUUAUCUAAUAACAACAACGCCUGACAAAAACAAGAUUUAUUUUGCAAAUAGUGAAUUUUCGCAAGUAUAUCUCAAAGAAGAACGACCUCCAUCUGGAAAUUCGUCCAAUGCCACCGUUAUUGUUUUGUCAGUUUUAGCUGCUGUUGUUGUUGUUGCUCUUGCUGUUAUAUUUUAUCUUAGAUGGAGGAAAGGAAAAAAAUCAAGGACAGAUCGAGGUUACAGAUUUUCAUAUCGUAAAGAUACAUCCUAUGACGCACUGUGAGGUGGCGAUUACGUAAAGUCAACUGGAAGAAACGUUGAAACACCAUCGUUCAUUCUUCAGUUUUUAAGCAAAAUAGCUUUCUCUCCUGUGUUUGUUUUUUUAAUAUCAAAUCCUGCCACUGUUUUUGACAGUCUGUAUUCUGCUGCUUACAAAUUAUAAUGUUGUAUGUGUAAUUAUUAUUAAUUAGAACCUAACAGUAGUUCAAAAAAUAGUUGAAUUUAUAUGAAUAUAUUCUUGAAUGUUCUGUAAUAAUUGGUAGAUUUUAAUUAGGUGUUGUUUUAUGCAGUUUAAUACAAGGUUACCAUCAUAUAUUCCAAAAUCUUUUUCUAAUCCCAACGUCGUAACACUUUUUGCACAAUUUUAAAUGUAGCUCAAAACGUAGCUUAUUGUACUUCUUUUUUUUAAUUAAACACAAUGUUCAAGUUCAUUCCUGCCUUGUAAUUUUUUUUCUUUAUAUUUUCUACAUUUUAUGAAGCCAUUGUAAUUAUGUUGGUUGCAGGAAGGAACCUUAAAUUUGUAUUCAGCCAAACCUGAUCGUAGAUUAUUAUUUGAAAAUUUGUAACAAAUAUCGCUAGAGUACUUUUGACGCAAUAUGUAACCAUUUGUUCAAGAAAGUUGAAAUCUUGAAAUGAUUUUCACAUGCUUAGUUUAACCGCUAACGACAAACAAUUUUUUGACAACCAGACAAGGAGUUGGAGUCGGAAUUUCAUACUUCAAAUGGUGAUAAUAGAAGGCAAAAUCUCGCUUCAGGAACUCUUAAAAGUUCACUGAUUUUUUUAACAGUCUAUAGUAGCCUAUAGCCCUAUAUGACCAUGUUUUUGUUACCAAAAUUUGAUUGGUCUUGACCCUCGCAAAUCCUUGUUAUUUUGGGUAUUUUCUGUAAGUAGGAGAUGAAAAAUACUUGAAAAUAAUUAUGCUUUUAUACACUUUGCACUACUGUUUUAAAAAUCAUACGUUUUGUUGUGAGUUUAAUUCUUGGGUACUUUUUUUUAAAUAUAUGGCUGAAACGAAUAUA